AUGGCCAAGCUCAUUUUCUUCCUCGCCGUUCAAAUCCUCAUCCUCGCCGUCGUUUCUUUCGCCGAAGACGACGGUGAAAACUUCGCCAGAACCAUAGAUCGGAAACUCCUCGGUCUCCACAAGAAAGAGAAACUAACCCACUUCAAAGUCUACUGGCACGAUAUCUUAAGCGGUCCAAACCCAACCUCCAUCAUGAUCCAGCCACCGGUUACAAACACUUCCUACUUCGGAGCAAUCUCCAUGAUCGACAACGCUUUGACGGCUAAAGUUCCGAUGAACUCCACGGUUUUGGGCCAGGCACAAGGCUUUUACGCCGGAGCAGCCCAAAAGGAGUUGGGUUUUCUGAUGGCUAUGAAUUUUGCUUUUAAGACAGGGAAGUACAACGGAAGCACGAUCACGAUUCUUGGUCGGAACACCGCGUUGUCGGAGGUCAGAGAAAUGCCGAUCGUUGGAGGUAGUGGGCUUUUCCGAUUUGCUAGAGGCUAUGUUGAGGCUCGAACAAAGUGGAUUAAUCUCAAGAACGGCGAUGCUACUGUUGAGUAUAGUUGUUAUGUAUUGCACUAUUAA